AAAAGCUCGCAGCUCGAGGCCGGCGACGACGACGACGACGACAAAGCCGGUGGGGACAGCAGUGUAUUAGUACGACGAUCAAAUACUCUGAUGCGACGGUCAUCUGCAGUUCUCGGACGGACACGAUCGCUGCUCAUCACCUCAAGGCAGAGAUUACACGGCAAUGCAAGACUGGUUACUGUAUCACCCCGCCUCGGACGCACGAAGCUGCCUAGAGACACCCAUGCAGACCCAGAAAACCCAGCGAGCCCGUCCACGAGGGUGUAUACUCGCAGUUCGUCGCUGAGACCCACUGCCGUCGAUGAACAAGAAGUUCCUCCCACACUCGUCGCAGACUCGCCUCCGGAGCCAGACGGCCCACCCUCUGAACCCGACAAACCACCACGGCGUUCGAGAACAACAGCGAGUGGAACUGGCGCCUCCACUCAGAGAGACAGGGACCCGGAUUCAGACGAUAGACCACAACUUCCGCCGGGAUUAGAUAUCCUUUGGCUUCCAGACGCUCCGUCGAACUCGAACUCAUCGAGGACAAACGCCUUGCCCCCGCCGGAAUUGUUUGAAGAGGCACUGACAAAUCUCCACAUCACCCUGCAUCCACAGACUCAGCACCGUGCAGCGUGUCUGACGCCCUCUGGGCCGCCAGUUGAGCCUACUCUUGCUCUGUAUUGUCCAGUGGAAGGUGCCGAGUAUGUCAUCGACGAGACCGUACGUGAGCUAGCACGUAGAACUGGAGCAGAGGUACUUGUCAUCGAUGCCGUGCAGCUCGCAGCUGGCGAGUGGGGACACUUUGGAAAAGCCGCCAAUGCCAUCCAAUUUCCUCGAAAUCCCUUGCAAUAUUACCCAUUACCCCCGCAGUCUCCUGCAUCCCGCCGUCAGUCCCGCAACGUGGAAGAGGAAGAGGAAGCCGACGCAUCGUCUUACUCACCCUCCCUCGGCAUUGCACAGAUGACGCUUCAUGUCCUCGCACCAGCCAUGGCAUCUCGCGGACGCCAACCACCCUUGUUCACCACGUCCAGGGCGUCGGCACCGCCUAACCGAAUAAAAGCCUUCUUCGACGAUAUCGUCAACUUUCCUUCGCCGGGUCAGCACACACGCCCUCGUCUUGUCUACAUUCGCGAUUUUCCGACACUCGCUCCCACCGCACCAACGUGGUACCCUCAUCUUCUUUCGGCUGUGCGGGCCCGUCGUACCGGACCCAUCGCUCGCCCAUCUUCCCCGGUCGCAUGCCCGAUGACGAUCAUUUGUGGUGUCACGCCUCCACUCGUCGGUCAAAAUUCAGGCAAUUUCUCUCCAUCAUCCGUAGGUGCAUAUCCCGUGUCUGGAUCCCACGUCCCAGGAGGGAACCGGCGCCGUCAUACUUCCCGAUCUGCUGCUAGCGCUGCUUUUGGUGCAAGUUCUAAUGUAGGUUCGCAUCCUUCUUCCGAAUGGGGUGAAGACGACCACGCUACCCGUGCACGCGAAAAACGUCUCCGCGAGCGUCUACGACGCUGGGAGCGUGGCGGGGACGGCGCGCUUCUCGAAGACAUCCCACGACUUCUCACAGCAAACACGAUGGGCUUAUCAGGAACCGUGUCAGCUCAGGGCUCACCGUUCUCGCAGGCUUCAUCUCCAUUUGCAAUGCCCCCGUAUUCUUCCUCUGAAGCGGACCCAAAUCGCCCCAUUGUGCUGGUCGGGUCGACACCCCUUGAUCUCACUGGUGGUGGCAUGGGUAGUGAGGGUGAGGUUGGAGACAACUCAACUGCAUCAGGUGGAGGCGCACCGGCGCUUGGGAGGUUUUUCCGCGCUUCGGUAGUGCUUCCGAGUGCGCGCGACGUGGGCGUAGAGAGGCAAUGCAGGAUGGCCCGUAGGAGAGAAGUUAACGAACUUGCUAUGCGAAUGGGAGUCGGUGGGGUCGGUGGGGUGUUGGAAGAGGAGGCGGGGGCAAGACGCUGUAGUGAGGGUAGUGCGGUGGAAGACCGCGUUGAAGGGGCUGAAGACCUCCGAGGACGGGAGGGGCAGGUUGUUUCAGUGCAGUCUGAUGCAAAACCAGAUACCCACUCAGGUUCGUGCGCUCCGGAAAGCUAUCCAGACGGAAUUCCCACAGGUACAUCGAGCCAACCCCCUGAGGAACACGAGAUGUGGGCAGACUGGAGCACAUGCGUCGAGCCGUGGUCAUCGAUUCGGCAGAUCGCUGACAGGGCUGUUGGGAGCGUUGUAGCAGCCCAACCACCUACGUCUGGUCCAUUGUACGCGCCCGGCCUCGAGCCAACGGCGCGCUCGGGUCGUGACCUUCGCAAAGCUUGGACGAAGGAUGCCCGUGUGCGCAUUCCUCGAGGGCCUCAGCAAGAAUAUGGUGCAGAGGAAGACGGGGAGGAGCUUGACGGGGAGGAAGCAGAAGAGGGCAAGGGGAGAGUCGUCGACGAAGUGGUGGAGGCAAUCAAGCAGGACAAGGAUCUGGACCCACACGAGGAGCGGUUAUUGGGUUGUAUCGUUGAUCCUGAUAUGGUCGUAAAAUUAAUUGAACUCACGCAGGACUCUAUAUCCACUACGUUCGCACAUGUCCAUCUUCCUCAGCAUACUAUCGACUCCGUACGUACACUGGUCUCGCUUCCUCUCCUCUAUCCCACUGCAUUCCAAACGGGCAUUCUUCGGGAGCAUGCUAUGGCAGGAUGCCUUCUGUUCGGGCCGCCAGGGACGGGUAAAACCCUCAUCGUGCGCGCCUUAGCCAAGGAAGCGGGCAGCAGAAUGUUAAUGGUCUCCCCAUCGGACGUCAUGGAUAUGUACGUCGGCGAGGGUGAGAAGCUCGUCCGCGCAGUAUUCAGUCUCGCACGCCGCCUAUCGCCAUGUGUUGUCUUCCUUGACGAGAUUGAUGCAUUGUUCGGUGCCCGCACAUCCGCACAUAAUUCUGGUGGUGUUAUCGCACACCGUGGUGUCAUUACCGAGUUUAUGCAGGAGAUGGACGGGUUAAAGAGUCGUGCGGGCGAAGAGAGGGUGAUUGUGAUCGGCGCAACAAAUCGGCCAUUCGAUUUGGAUGAUGCUGUUUUGAGGAGGUUGCCGAGGAGACUGCUGGUUGAUCUGCCAGGAGAGAAAGAGAGAGAGGGCAUCCUGAAGAUUUUGUUACGGGACGAGACGCUCUCGCCAGACCUUGACCUCAAAUCGCUAGCCAAACGAACAGAAAGUUUCUCUGGUUCGGACCUUAAGCACCUAUGUGUCUCUGCUGCCCUCGCGGCGGUUAAAGAGGGUGUCAACCUCCCUUGGGACACACCAUUAGACGCCGUAUCCGCUGCCAUAAACGACCAGCAACCACCAAAUCUCUCAGAUACGACUGCAGAGGCUCCUCCGCUGAGUUACUCACGAACUAUCCACCCACAGCACUUUACCAAAGCGUUCAAAGAGAUCACACCUUCGUCUUCCGAAACUCUGGGCUCUCUCGCGGACCUCCGCAAGUGGAACGACCAGUUCGGUGAGGGACGCAAGGACAAACGCCGUCUGCAGGUCUGGGGAAGAGGCAGGUUUGGGUUUACGGAUGCAACUUUCGAAAUGAGUCAGGAUGAAGGUCGCAUAGUUGAGCCUCGUGGAGCGGCGAAGGAUCAGAUUGAUCAAAUAUGAGCAGCCUCCCCUCCUUGCUCGGUGAUUGAGGGUGAGUUGUGAGGGUGUAAUCAAGAGAACAUGGGAUCGGUCUACAUAAUCGGCGCACAUUCCCCUUGCGUUUCCUCCGGCAUUAGUUUUUAAUGGCACCGUCUUCCGUUCCCGUCGCAUUUUAGAAGUACUCAGCUGGCUAUACAAUUCGUACGAGUAAUGUCACUGAAUGAUGCUAAUACAUGAGG